UCUGUGUUAGCCUUCUGUGUUACUACACCAAAUGUGUCUGUGGUGGAUCUGACAUGCCGCCUGGAGAAAGCUGCCAAGUAUGACGUCAUCAAGAAGUCCGAGGGCCCACUGAAGGGCAUCCUGGGCUACACCGAGGACCAGGUUGUCUCCUGCGACUUCAACACUGACUCCCAUUCUUCCACCUUUGACGUUGGGGCUGGCAUCGCUCUCAAUGACAACUUCAUAAAGCUCAUUUCCUGGUAUGACAAUGAAUUUGGCUACAGCAACAGGUGGUGGCCUUCAUGGCCUCCAAGGAGUAAGAGCCCAUCCUAG